AUGGAUAACAGAGUCGGCUUGGAAAACACAGCAAAAUAUGGAGUUGGAGAGAUUCCUUCUGAUAUUGACCAGCCAGCAAAACUCCGCCUUUAUCUCCAUAUAUACGCUCUGAUAGAAAUUCUGGCAAAGAGUUUAAACCACUUGGGUCUCGUGGAGGAGCACAUCCUUAUCAGGCUGAUCACGGAUGGACUCCCAGCGUGCUGGGAUUUCCAGCUCUUCAUUAAGGAUCUGCAUUUUGAUGGGGUGCCCGUGAGGAUUUACCUCCCAAAGGAACCAUCUGCAAGCAAACGGAGAGGAGUCAUCUUCAUCCACGGAGGAUGUGGCAUUUUCGGGAGCUUCAGAACUUAUGAAAGGAUCUGCCGGUACCUAGCCAGGAAAUCUGAUUCAGUGGUUGUUUCUGUUGGGUAUCAUUUAGCACCUGAGCAGAAGUAUCCAGCCCAAACUCUGGAAUGUCUCACUGCUACCCAGCACUUCCUGAAGACUGCAGAGACCUACGGGGUGGACCCCGCUCGGAUUAUUGUUUGUGGGGACAGUGUAGGGGGCACAUUCACUGCCACUGUUUGCCAAGAACUAGGGCACAGGACAGAUAUCCCAAAGAUUCGUGCCCAGGUGCUGAUCUAUCCAUAUCUCCAAGCAUUGAACUUCAAUCUGCCAUCUCACCAGAAAAAUGCUGCCGUUGCCUUCCUGACCCGGGAGCGCGCAGUCAGAUAUAUUCUCAAAUACCUGAAUAAGGAUUGCUCCCUGAAGGAACCAAUUCUGGCUGGUUCUCAUGUUCCUGAGAGUAUAAAUUCGAAAUAUAGGAAAUGGAUAAAUCCAGAUCUUAUUCCGGAUGCGUUUAAAGUGGGCUAUAAACCACCACUCCCCGCUUUGUUUUCACCUCAAGUCCACCAAGAAGUGCAAGAGCUGUUUGAGCCCCGGGUCUCCCCGCUGCUGGCAGAGGAUGCUGUGGUUUGUGGUGUCCCUGACACCUGCAUUGUCACCUGUGAGCAUGAUGUGCUCAGGGAUGAAGGGCUGUUGUACAAGAAACGCUUAGAGGACAACAACGUACGUGUGACGUGGCACCACGUGGAAAAAGGCUUUCACAGUGCACUGGGAUUUUUUGGAUAUGGUAUCUUCUCUUUCCCAUCAUCAAACAUUAUAAUGAACCAUGCCGUAGACUUUAUAAAAGGCUAUUAAAACAUUUUCUUGCAUACAGUGCACUGGUAUUUAGAAAGAGUGUUGUGGCAAGCACAUUUCUCUCCCUCUCAGGAUUUUUCAUAGAGGUGCACAGAGAGAAAUGAAAGAGAAAACAAUU